AUUGGAGGCGUUAGGACGCCAACUGAUCGACUGAAUGUCUUUAUACACGAUUUUACCAAGAGCCGGCUUCCAGUGCACGACUUAUAUAUGUUUUAGUAUAACAACGUAUAUAUAGCCAUUCUUGCUACUUACGUGUGUAUAAGAUAAACUUGAACGUAUAUGUGCGACAUUUAUCUAUACAGUUUGGUAGCUUCAAUUGGUUUUCACUGAAAUGAUUAUUUUGUGUGCUCCAUAGUUGAAAAAAUCACGUGCGUACAGGAAAUUGAACAUCUUGAUCUCCAGCUUAUAUUUGGUUUUAAAGUUACAAAGGUAACUACUUACGAGGGCUAUUGAAUUGGUGACAAUGAGUACAUUGGAAUUGAAACAAGUAUUAACGGGACACAAAGGAAGAGUUUGGAAUGUUUGCUGGCAUCCAAAGGGUAGUGUACUUGCAUCCUGCGGUGAAGAUAAGACGAUAAGAAUAUGGGGAAUGGAGGGACCAAAAUGGGCUAUGAAAAUGAUAUUGGCUGAAGGACACACUCGUACGAUACGAGAAAUAUCGUGGUCGCCGUGCGGUAAAUACAUUGGAUCAGCUAGUUUUGACGCUACGACUGCGAUAUGGGAUCAGAAAUCUGGGGAAUUUGAGUGUAAUGUCACCUUGGAGGGUCAUGAGAAUGAAGUAAAGAGUGUUAGCUGGUCUAAUAGUGGUGAAUUGAUAGCAACCUGCAGUAGAGAUAAAUCUGUAUGGAUUUGGGAGUGUAAUAACCAUGAAGAUUAUGAAUGUGCUUCUGUUAUCAAUGCUCACACUCAAGAUGUUAAAAAGGUUCGCUGGCAUCCUCAUGAAGACGUAGUAGCUUCAGCAAGUUACGACAACACGGUUAAAUUAUUUAAAGAAGAUCCAGCCGACAAUGAUUGGUUUUGUUUUGCAACUUUAUCGUCACACACAUCAACUGUUUGGAGCUUAUCAUUCGACUCAACCGGUACGCGUCUGGUAACCUGUAGCGAUGAUCAAACAGUAAAAAUUUGGCAGGAAUAUAAGCCGGAUAAUAAUGCUGGAAUACCAACACCUGACAACAAUCCCGUAUGGAAGUGUGUCUGUACUCUGUCCGGCUAUCAUACCAGAACUGUUUAUGAUGUUGACUGGUGCAAAAAGACUGGAUUAAUAGUAACAGCCUGCGGCGAUGAUACGAUAAGGAUAUUUCGCGAAGAAAGUGAUUCAGAUAUUAAUCAACCUACAUUCAAUUUAGUUUGCUCGCAUGAAACUGCCCACACGCAGGACGUUAAUUCCGUACAAUGGAAUCCAGUGUUUGCUGGACAGCUUGCGUCUGCUGGUGAUGACGGAAAAGUCAAAAUAUGGUUCUACAGUGAUUAAAUUAUUUAAUUCAAUCAGUUAUUUUAUUAUUAAUUUAUAAAUAUAAAUUAUACUUAAAAUUUAUAAGCGAAAA